AUGCAAACCGACUCAAGUACCCAAGUACCCAACCCGAUCCUCAAUCCUGCCCUCAGGGUAGGGGCAGUGACCGGAGCGGCGGGCGCGCUAUUUGGCGGUGCUUAUGGAAUCAUUCAGAAUCGCCCUACACUUGGCCUCUUUGCGGUGCUUACGGGGGUCAAUUCUGCCAUUUUAGGUGGGACGUAUUGGGCUACAAGAACAACAAUGAUCCGAGCUCUGCAGGACCCUGAGACAUUGAGUCUGUACCCGAGAGAGAAGGCCUAUGUUAGUGGCGCGGCUGGAGCUGUCGCUGGAGGCUUCGUUGCUCUUGCACUUGGCAAACCCCGUUCUUCUCUUCCCGGUGCUCUGGUGUGGGGAUUAAUCGGUCUCUCAGGCCAGGCUGUAUACAAUGUUGCCGACGCCCGGCACACAAAAUCUGUGUUAAAAGAGAAAGAACCAGAACAAACAGGAGGCUUCAGUUUUUGGGAUCGUGUAAUGCGCUCUAGGUGGAGUCCAGUUACGAGGUUGACCACCGAGGAGUAUGAAGAAAUACUAAAGGGGAAGCUCUUGGCUUUGGAGGCCGAUUUAGCCAUUGCAGACGAGGAAAUUGCGAAGCUAGAGAUAAUGAGGAUGGAACAGCAUAGUAAGCCCAUCACCGGCGGAAGAGAACCUGUAGAAACUACACGCAGCUCCCGUGGCUGA